CCAGACACCAAAUUAAUGCAGAACAGUGGAAUGUCUACUUUGAAAUGAACACAGAUAGACCAUGUCAUGAAUGUUCUUGUACUCUGGAUUUUCCUGGUUUUAGGCAUAAUAUGUUUUAUCCUAGCGGUUGGGCAUGGCAUUUGGGAGAACAAGAAAGGCUACCACUUCCAGAUUUUUCUGCCAUGGGAAAAAUAUGUCUCUUCAUCAGCUGUCUCUGCCAUCCUCAUAUUCUGGUCCUACUUCAUUAUUCUCAAUACCAUGGUACCCAUUUCACUCUAUGUUAGUGUUGAAAUAAUAAGAUUGGGCAACAGUUUCUAUAUCAACUGGGAUCGGAAGAUGUUUUAUGCACCAAGGAAUACACCAGCAUAGGCUCAUACUACCACCCUUAAUGAGGAGCUCGGCCAAGUCAAAUAUAUAUUCUCUGACAAAACAGGGACCCUGACUCAGAACAUUAUGAUUUUCAAGAAAUGUUCUAUUAAUGGGAAGCUCUGUGGUGAUACUUAUGACAAGGAUGGACAGAGGGUGACAGUCUCUGAGAAAGAAAAGGUCGAUUUCUCCUUCAACAAACCAGCUAAUCCUAAGUUUUCAUUUUAUGACAAUACUUUGGUGGAAGCAGUGAAAAAGGGAGAUCACUGGGUACACUUAUUUUUCCGCUCACUCUCAUUGGUUCAUACCGUGAUGUCAGAAGAAAAAGUAGAAGGCAUGCUGGUGUACCAGGUUCAGUCACCAGAUGAAGGUGUCCUGGUCACUGCUGCCAGGAACUUUGGCUUUGUGUUCCAUUCCCGCACGUCUGAGACAGUCACAGUGGUCGAAAUGGGGAAAACCAGAGUCUACCAACUGCUGACUAUUUUGGACUUCAACAAUGUGCGCAAGAGGAUGUCUGUUAUUGUGUGGACACCUGAAGAUUGGAUAAUGUUUUGCAAGGGUGCAGACACCAUCAUCUGUGAACUGCUUCAUCCAUCCUGUAGUUCCCUCAAUGAUGUGUCCAUGGAACAUUUAGAUGAUUAUGCUAGUGAAGGCCUUCACACCCUAAUGGUGGCCUACCGAGAGUUGGAUGAAGCAUUCUUCCAGGACUGGAGCAGGAGGCAGAGUGAAGCCUGCUUGUCUUUGGAGAAUCAGGAAAGCAGAUUAUCAAAUGUCUAUGAAGAAGUCGAAAAAGACUUGAUGCUGAUAGGGGCCACAGCGGUAGAAGACAAGCUGCAAGAUGGAGUACCUGAGACAAUCAUCACCCUGAACAAAGCCAAAACUAAACUAUGGGUUUUAACUGGAGAUAAGCAAGAGACUGCUGUGAACAUUGCCUACUCCUGUAAGAUAUUUGAGGAUGAAAUGGAUGAAGUGUUCAUUGUGGACGGCAGGGAUGAUGAGACUGUUUGGAAAGAACUCAGGAUAGCAAGGGACAAGAUGAAACCCGAAUCUCUCCUGGAUUCAGACCCUGUAAACAUUUACCUCACUACGAAGCCCAAAAUGCCUUUUGAAAUACCUGAGGAGGUGGCCAAUGGCAACUAUGGCUUGAUCAUCAAUGGCUAUAGUCUGGCCUAUGCUCUAGAAGGGAACCUGGAGUUGGAACUGCUGCGAACAGCGUGCAUGUGCUGCCGGAUGACACCCCUUCAGAAGGCCCAGGUGGUAGAGCUGAUGAAGAAGUACAAGAAGGUGGUGAUACUGGCCAUCGGGGAUGGGGCCAAUGAUGUCAGCAUGAUAAAAGCUGCCCACAUUGGGAUCGGCAUCAGUGGCCAUGAGGGGCUGCAGGCCAUGCUCAACAGUGACUUUGCCAUCUCCCAGUUCCACUAUCUUCAGCGUCUACUCUUGGUCCAUGGCCGCUGGUCUUACAAUUGCAUGUGCAAGUUUCUCAGCUACUUCUUUUAUAAGAACUUCACCUUCACCCUGGUGCACUUCUGGUAUGCCUUCUUCAGUGGGUUCUCUGCACAGGCAGUUUAUGAGACCUGGUUUAUCACAUGCUACAAUCUGGUCUACACUUCCCUCCCUGUCCUGGGCAUGAGUCUUUUUGAUCAGGUUGUGAAUGACACAUGGAGCCUCCAUUUCCCAGAGCUAUAUGAGCCAGGCCAGGACAACCUCUAUUUCAACAGGAAGGAAUUUGUGAAGUGUUUAAUGCACGGGAUCUACAGUUCCUUCGUGUUAUUCUUUGUCCCCAUGGGGACUCGUUGCAAUACAGAACGAAAUGAUGGCAAGGACAUCUCCAACUGCCAAUCCUUCUCCACCUUGAUCUGGGUGGUCACAAUGCAGAUUGCUUUGAGGACAACCUACUGGACAAUAAUAAACCACAUCUUCAUCUGGGGUAGCCUGAGUUUCUACUUUUGCAUGUCCUUAUUCCUGUACAGCGAUGGCUUGUGCCUAGCAUUCCCUGAUGUCUUCCAAUUCCUAGGUGUGGUCAGGAACACUCUGAACCAGCUGCAAAUGCUGCUGAGCAUUAUCCUCAGCGUGGUCCUCUGUAUGUUGCCUGUGAUUGGGUACCAAUUUCUUAAACCACUAUUCUGGCCUAUCAGCGUGGACAAGGUUUUUGACAGAAUUCAAGCAUGCAGACUUCCACGGCAAUCCCCAGCCAAGACCAAACUGAAACACUUGAGCUCUCAACGUUCUGCCUAUGCAUUCUCCCAUGAACAGGGUUUUGGGGCCCUCAUCACUUCUGGCAAGACAAUGAAGUCCAGGAUGUCCAAGAAAAACACGCUUUUUUCAAAAAGAGCAAGCAUAAACCUUCCGGGCCCUACAUGAACAUAUUCCCAUUGAGGCAUCCUUCUCAGGUUUAUCUGGGAGAUUCAGGGAAGUAACCCACACGCACUGAAGCCAAAAAUGAGAUUCCUAUGGAUGGAAGGAUGCAUCAUGAUCCUGGGGAAGGAAUCCAGCUGGGCAGGCCUCAGGAAGAAGUGAAACCAGCUGCUGGAAGGUCCCAAGAACCUAGGGAGUAGUCUCUUUGUGUGUAGACUUACUCCUCAGUGUGCAAUGGAUUGAUCUUCCUUCUCAGUAAACUGUUUUUCAAUGCUGUUAUAAGUAAAAUUUUGAUGCCGCAAAAGAAA